UACUGACGGAUGGUUUGAAAUACAAGUCAGAAAAUGAUGGAAAUGGAUUAUACAAAGUCAAUGAGAUUCGCCAGAACCAAUCGAGCGGAUCGAAUAUAUGCAAACAGCAGUAUUCGGAGCUCAUCAAGAUCACAUCUCCGUCUCAGAUGCUAUUCCUCCAGGGAGUCAUAUCCAGUAACACCAUAUUGUCUCUGGACUACCGUUUCUUUGUAUCUGGACAAUACGUGACUAAAUGGAGGUAUGAUGAUGGAGCAGAGAUAGCCGAUUCCUCGCUAUGGUCUGUUGGUCAACCAGAACCCUCUGAUGGAUCCUGUGUUAUGAUGACGUCGACUGGCCUGUCCAGUGUGGACUGUUCUCAGCUCCUCUUCUUUAUUUGUCAUCACUAA